GGAGAUAGAAGGGAAUCAGCGUUUGCAUCUGAUGGACCGUUUCUUUUACUGAGCGACAAAUCCCUCUCAUUUGUAAUUUCUCGAUAUUCAUUAACUCCUCAUCUCACGGCCGAAGUCUAACAGUUUCCUAUACUCACCAAAAUGAACAUUUACGAUGUGUCAGACAUGUCUCAGUAUUUACAGAUACUGAAUCGACAGCGGAUGGCUUUGAAAGCCGCCAUGCGUCGUCAAGGACAGUACCCCAAAGACAUGAAAUCUCGGCUAGAACUCAUUAGGGACUUUACGAUGCAUGCUUUAUUGGAGCGACUGUACUGGCCUCUGAGGCAAAACAGCAAUCAAUUGCAUAGUUCCUUUGUUGCCAGUACAUAUGCACCAUCUACUACACCUCUUAAUAAGUUGAAGCCAAUACACAUCAAAGACCUGAGACUAGAAACUCAUCACCGCGGUAGCUACCUUCUCGUCCGGGCAUCAACACCUCCCAUCAGAAUGACGGCGAUCAUGGCUAUUGUUGAGGACGAAAACGAAGAUGGCAUACAGCUACAGCUCUACCAGCAGCCGGACGAGCGAGUUCGCCCAGCUACAAGUGUCAUUAUGAAGAACGAUGUCUUCCUAGUAAAGGAGCCGUAUUUCAAAACUACAAGUGAUGGUGGUUAUGGUCUUCGAGUUGACCAUGUGAGCGAUAUAACCUACCUCGAUGCACAUCACAAUCUAUUGCCAGAGAAGUGGAAGCCUACGGUUAUCGAUAUCAGUAAGACUGCAGAUGACUGGAAGCAAGAAGGAAAUGAUGCGAUGGAGAAAAAACAGUAUUGGAAGGCUAUUGAGAAUUACACCGCGGCUCUCAAGUGUAGUCCUUCAGUUCAUCUUGCAGAGAUAAUCCGUCUCAAUCGCGCAUUAGCACAUCUCAGGAAUGGAGAUUUUGAUGCUGCAUUAACAGACACGAAAUGCAUGGUUUCCCUUGAAGAUGCACCAGAAAAAGCACUGUACCGAGCAGGACAAGCUUUAUAUGGGCUCGAAAGAUUCUCCGAAUGUCAUGAUAUUUUCGAACAACUCUGCGCAAAGUUUCCCAAUAAUGCUGCUGCUACCACGGGUCUCAAGCGUGUUUGUCGCCGUGUAAAAGAGCAGGAAAGUGGAAUUUACGACUUUGGGUCAAUCUACAAGGAGCUUUCAACAACUAGACCACCACACCUGGAUCACGCAACGUAUGUCGGACCUGUUGUCGUAAACUCUUCCCCGAGUCGUGGGCAAGGACUAUUUACCACCAGAGCCGUGAAGACGGGAGAACUUCUUCUGUGUGAAAAGGCAUUUGCUCAUUGUUAUGCUGGAGUUUCAGAAGACUCGGGUGCCCAUGCAAAAACCACCCUUCUGAUCAAUGUCCAUAUGAACAGAAUGAUGGUUGGCACGCAGGGCGAUCUCAUAACAGCUAUCGUACAAAAGCUCUGGAAAAAUCCAUCGCUCAUUCCUAAAUUCCAAGCGCUUCAUCGUGGAUCUUAUAAGCUUGCGAAAGAAACUGAGGUUGAUGGGAAACCGGUCAUUGAUACCUUUCUAGUUGAACAGACCAUGGCUCUCAAUGUUUUCGGCUGUCCUCUCUCUUCCUUUGAGUGCCAGUCAAUAGAGCCCGAAGAGGUUGACAAGCAUCACUCAUGCGGCAUUUGGCUCCUGGCUUCCAAAAUCAAUCACUCUUGUCUCAGCAAUGCUCGUCGAAGCUUUCUAGGCGACCUACAAUUGGUUCGGGCUACAAGUGAUAUACCCGCGAAUACGGAAAUCACAUACUGGUACAAACUGCCAACGGGAGAGAGCGACGAGAUGCAGAAUGAAUUGAAACAUUGGGGAUUUCAAUGCAAGUGUAUCAUCUGCACUGAUUCGAAAGACACACCGAAAACCGAAAUCACAAUGAGAAAGAAGCUGCUCAGAAAUUUGAAGGCAGUUUUGGACGCGAGCCAUGUAGCUAUUCCUCAGGCCGAGUGCCUGUUGAAUGCCCUCGAAAAGACAUACAAGCGUCCAGCCAUCGAGGUUCCACGCCUAGCAUUACGAGAAUCAUAUUUCCGACUAGCUCGAGCUUACUCCCAGCGGGGAACGACAGACAAAGCUGUAUCAACGACGCUACGAGCCUUGGAGUCCAUUGGCUUCGUGAUCAAGAAUGCAAGCUUACCUGCGCUGCCUGGUAAAAAUCUUGAGAUUGCGAAAUGGGAGUUGAUGCUGCCUGGAGUGAUUGAGGCAUGGAUUUAUCUCUGCACUGUUUAUUCUGCUCUGGCUCCGCAACACUUGCAGCAAGCGAGAGAGUAUGUGAAGUUAUCGUACAAGAUUUGCAUGGGAGAAGAUCACACAUUCAAACAGAUGCACAAUGUUUAGGGAGGGAGAGAAGUGUAUUCAUCGAUUGUUGACUAUUUUUUAUUUUUUAUUUUUUAUUUAUUUUCUUGGAGAUACGAGAUACAGUAUUACAUAAUGAAGACUUGAUUCGAAUCAUUUCCAGAAAGUCUGGAAUUCUAUGAGCCUCCUUGGUUGGGUCA